AUUAGUCGUAGCCAAACGGGAAAAGAUCUCACCCUACAAGCCAUCUCAUUUACUCACCCGCAGUCAUGACCGUAUCUGCAGUCCGUCAGCUCUCCACAUCCACCAUACGCCCACUGCGAAAGCUAGAACAAGCACCCCCACAACGUUGCGAGCUGACACCUUGGGAUGUUUCUUUACUCUUCCUCCGCUACAACCAAAGGGGUCUACUCUUCCAUAAACCCCACCCAUCCGACGGUCAAGAUGAAAAGCCCAUCACCAUCAUUAUAGACCGACUGAAACAUUCCCUCUCUCACGUUCUUGCCCACUUCUCACCUCUCGCCGGCCGCCUCGUAUUUGGAAACAACGCCUCGUCUUCUUCUUCUUCCCAUGUCUUCAUAGACUGUAACGAUGCAGGAGCUGAGUUCAUCCACGCGGUUGCUGAUAUAGGUGUGGCCCACGUACUUACCACAAUCGACGUGCACCCUAUCGUCGAGUCGUUCUUCCCUCUUAACGGAGCCGUCAACUGUGACGGAAUCUCACUGCCUUUGUUUGCAGUGCAGUUAACGGAAUUGACGGACGGAUUCUUCGUGGGCUGCUCUUUCAACCACGCCGUCGCUGACGGCACCUCCUUUUGGCAUUUCCUCAGCUCCUGGUCCGAGAUUUGCAGAAUCAAUAUCUCGAGAGAAAAUGAACCUCUCGUCAAUAUCUCACGACCUCCAGUCGUCCAGCGAUGGUUUCCUUCAGGAAAACUAUCUCCUGUCUCACUCCCGUUUUCUAACCCACACGAAUUCAUAGAGACAGUUUCCCGUCCGCUUCUCCGCGAUCGGUUCUUCCAUUUCACACCCAAGUCAAUCGCGCGAUUGAAAGCAAAAGCAAACGAGGAAGGCAAGACGAACAAGAUCUCGGCUUUCCAAGCUUUGUCCGCGCACAUGUGGAGAUCGGUGACACGUGCAAGGAACUUGCCAGCAGAUGAGAUUAUAAGCUGUGGGUUUUCGAUUGAUAACAGAUCGAGACUGGAACCGCCUCUGUCACGUGACUAUUUUGGCAACUGUGUUCAAGGGAAAAGAGCGACGGUUAGAGCAGGGGAGCUGCUGGCCCACGAUUUAGCAUGGGCCGCGUGGCUUGUGUACCGGACUGUGGUGGAGCAUAACGAUGCAGUAGUCCGCAGCACGUAUGACGCGUGGGCGAAAGCACCGUUCUUUAUCUACUUGAGCAAGAUGGACAACGUCAGCGUGGUGAUCGGGGGCUCCCCGAGGUUUGACGUGUACGGUGUGGAUUUCGGUUGGGGAAGGCCGGUGUCGGUAAGGAGCGGCGGAGAAAAUAAGCUGGAUGGGAAGAUAUCCUUGUUUCCAGGAAGGGAAGGAGGAGGGAGCGUAGACCUCGAGCUUUGCCUUGCGCCGGCGGUGAUGUGCGCACUCGAGUCCGACGAUGAGUUCAUGGACACGGUUUCUUCCCCUCCGCGCAUACUCUAGUUGCAAAAUGCUCCACACGUGUCGUCUCAAAUACAACCUAACAGCAUUUGGUUUGCGGUAGUACGUUGGAUCAGGACUGUCCAUGUGGUGCACCAGCUGUUGGUGGGCCAUUGUUGUGAUUUUUUUUUUUCAAUCCCUUGUUGUGAAAUUCACACAAAAGUACGAUUAUGAGAUGGAACUUUGGUAA